UUUUAAAAAGAGAGAGAGAGACUUUGUUAAAACCAGACGAUGUUCAUGAUGACCAUGUCUUUGUCUUCUCUUUGUUAAAUCCUUUGUUCUUAGAAUCUCAUCAGAAUCCUCUGUUUUGGUCUCUGUUCUAUGCUCUGUUUUGCUCCAUCCUCUGUUUUUGUCCUCUGUUCUAGGCUCUGUUUUUAUGUAUUGUGAUUGAUCUUCAAAUCCAGAAAAAGAUUUGAUUUUUAUAUCUGAAUUGUUCAUUUCAGAUUUAUCUUUUAGUUUUUCCAGCUAUUAUUUUUCACAAAUCUCGACAUAACUCAUCUCGAUUUCACAAAAUCCUUGUCUCUAAAUCCAACUUUUAUUCCCCAAAUAUAUAAAAAACAAACCUUUUCUUAUUUUUUUCCAUACCCUUUUGAGCUUUUGAUUGAGAUUAGUUGUUAUGGGUUGUGCGAGUUCAAAGCAUCGUAGCAAGCGUUGUGCUCAUUGCCGGCGAGGAUAUUCUCAGGCCGACGUGCCCAGAAGCCAAUCAGUGCAUCACCAAUCGCAAAACUCUGAAGAUAGCUGUCACAUGGUAGCUCUAAGUUCAUCUAGCCUUGGAUCUCUCAAGCUAUGUGAUUCUUCUUUUGGGCAUAACCACAAACACUUGUCAGAGUUCAGCGAGAAGCUUGUUUCCGACGAAUCUGCAAAUGGGUUUGGUCCAAAUGUGGUCAGAGAGAAGUCUGAUAAGGAGAAAGUGAAUUUGGAAAUGCAGGCUAAGCUUAUGGAAGCAAAGGUAUGGUCAAGUAUGAUGAAUGCGAAGAUCCCAAAGAUUGUGCCUAAAACUCCUAUUGAGACGCCUCCGGGAGAGCCUGAAACGAUUAAUACAUGGGAGAUGAUGGAUGGGCUUGAAGACAAUGUUAGUCCUUUACGAUCACCUAAUCAUGUGAAGAGCUUUUCGUUUGAUGUUUCUCGUAAUGGUGAUUGCGAACGAGCUAAGUCGAAUGGUAAUGGUAAUGGUAAUGGUAAGCCGCUUUGGCUUCAAAUGGAGGAUGGAGAAGGGUUUGAAGAUUUUGAUCCUGAGAUCAUUUCUUCGUUUAGGAAAUCGCUUCAAGAACUUCCUACUGAUCAUCCGUUUCACAUUUCGGGUCAUGACUUCAGAUUGCGUCCUAAUUUCGAUUUCUCUAUUGAGGAAAAGGAGGAGUCUUUGGAUGAAACAAGAGAAUAUGUUGGUGGUAAAGAGAGAGUGAUACUUUACUUCACAAGCCUUAGAGGUAUAAGAAAGACAUAUGAAGAAAGCUGUAAUGUCCGGACUAUACUGAAAAGUCUUGGGAUUAGAGUGGAUGAGCGUGAUGUAUCGAUGCAUUCGGGUUUCAAGGAGGAGUUGAAGGAGCUGCUAGGGGAUAAGUUCAACAAUGGCUUUGGGAUUACUUUACCUAGAGUUUUCUUGGGGAGGAAGUAUCUUGGUGGAGCAGAGGAGAUUCGAAAGUUGAAUGAAGACGGGAAGCUAGAGAAGCUUCUUGAAGGAUACGAGAAGGUGGAAGAAAACAAAAAUGGUAAUGGGCAAGAAUGUGAGGCUUGUGGAGAUGUAAGGUUUGUGCCUUGUGAGACAUGUUCAGGUAGCUGCAAAGUGUACUAUGAAUACGAAGACGAAGAAGAGGACGACGACGACGAAGAAGAAGAUGAGGAAAGUGUAAAGGAAGGAAGAGAGUAUGGGUUUCAAACAUGUCCUGAUUGUAAUGAGAAUGGUCUUAUUAGAUGUCCUAUUUGUUGUGAUUAGUAUACAUACAAACACAAAAAAAGGGAACCUGAAAUUCUUAUUUUCUUGUUUUGUUGUUACAAAAUUUGAGUUUUUGAGUGCUUGAGAGUAUUUUUCUUGA